UUUGUGAAAGCGAGGCUCCAAAGCUUGUAUGUAUGUGGCAAAAUGUCGUGAACCUGUAAAUGGCUGAUAGCGGUCGCGAAGAAAAGCUGGCUGCGGCCAGAAAAAAGUUGAAGAGAUUUCAACAAAAGCGGACCCCUUCCUCGAGUCCAGUUGUGAAAGAUGUGAAACAUAGAGCAGAUUGUUCUUCGAUUUACUCGCCGAGUUCAUCAGAGUCUGAAGGAAUCCCCUCAACAGCAGAAAACACUGUAAAUACAGCCUCACAUGACCUAUCAUCAUUACCACCCUUAAAUGGAACCUACCUUCCAGAGGAGUACAACAACCAAACACCACAUGAAGUUAAUGUACAUGCUUUUGACAAUGGUAGAGAUAUUGAACCAAAUCCAUCCAGUUCAAAUGGCAGGGAAUACUCAACUACCGAAAAAAUUAAACAACUUUGUUCUCAAAUUAAUGGACUUACAGUGAGCCAGGAUCUCUAUAUAAAUGGUGAUGAUCCAGUAUUCCAUGAAAUCAAGUCUCUUGAAAGUAAGAAUCAUGAGCUUGAGGAUAGAGUACAGUCAUAUAAGAGAUCUAAUGAACAACUAAACAAUCAAGUGAAUGAACAGAGAAGACAGAUAAUCCAGUUUCAAGAACAGAUAAAAAGGGAAAGGACAGAGUUAGCAAACAAGCAACUUUUAGAACAGCGAUCUCUCAAAGAACAGCUUGAGGUUCAUAUUCAGACUAUAGGAAUUCUAGUCGGCGAAAAGCAGGAGUUACAAAGCACAGUAUCUCAACUUCAGAGGAAAUAUGAAAUCAAACAAAGUGAAAAUACUGAACUAACAAGCAGAUUACAAACUGUGCGACAAAAAGCAGCCGAGCUUGAGAAGAAUCUGGCAAAUGUCACAGCAAGCUGUGAUAAGUACCAAGAUGAUGCAAAGCAACUUCGGCAAGAGAGGGAUAAAUACCAGACAGCAAAUUACACUCAAAAUCAGGAAAAAGAAGAACUAUUACAACAAAAUGCUGAGCUCAGAGUAAAGUUAGAAGCUAAGGUUGCUGAGUUUGAAGAAUUAAGGAAGACUGAAUCAGAGUUGUCAUUCAAACUGAAACAAGCACAACUUGUUGUUCAACAGCUUUCAGGAGAGCCAAACUCUUCAGCGAGCCAGAAGUUAGUUGAACAGUUACAAAACGAGAAAGCAGAGUUUGAAAAUAAAUUAGAACAGAUCAAUGCCACAGUGCAAAGACUAGCUGCUGAUAAAGGAGAACUUUUACAGCAGCAUGCAGAUGAAGUGGAUCAGUACGAGAGAAGAAUAAGAUCACUGACAGAAGAGGUGGAGUUACAUGAUAGAGAAAAGAGGCUUUUGAUUGCUCAAGAGAGUGAACUUCAAGAAAGCAUUCAGAGUUUGCAGAAGGAACUAGCUGAUCUGCAAGACGAUGAAGCCAGUCAACAAGUGGAAUCCACUCAACUUGCCGCAGCUGAGAUUGAAAGAUUAGCGGAGGAUAAACAAAGAUUGGCUGAACACUUACAGCAAGAGGGCAAGGAAAAUUCAAGACUUUUAAGGGAGCAAGAACGAUAUCUGCUGAGAAUACAAGAGUUAGAGACAGUAGUGGCUCGCCUGGGAGAGGAGUCUAUUGAUAGAGCCACCCUCCUGGAAAGUGUUCAGAGUGAUAAGGAGACCAUAAGCAGAGCUUUAAAACAGAACAAAGAACUGAAAACGAAAACUGAAGAGUUAGAGGAGAGAUUUAUAACGAUGAGUCAAGAAAAUAUGGAGCUAACUACUACUUUGGAAACAGAACGGCACAUGGCUAAAGAACUAGCGGCUAAACUCAGUGAAAUGGGAGUUGAACUGGAGGAAUCCAAACAGUUGCUUUCUACAAGGAAUGCCGAAGUCCAGUCACUGACAGAAGAGCUGCAAGCUGUUUCUAGCAAUCUUAGAGAAGAGGUAAUCAAAGGAGAAAGUGUGAUUUCUUCACUCCGAGACGAACUUGACGUGUCUUCUCAGCAACUCCUUGAUCAGCUUAAGCAGAAGGAGUUUGAACUCUCGACGGUCCGCGGCGAAGUAGAUGAGUCUUCUCAACGGCUGAAAGAACAGGUAAAGUUUGCGAGGAUGAUUCUUUCAGGAGAGCCAAACUCUUCAGCGAGCCAGAAGUUAGUUGAACAGUUACAAAACGAGAAAGCAGAGUUUGAAAAUAAAUUAGAACAGAUCAAUGCCACAGUGCAAAGACUAGCUGCUGAUAAAGGAGAACUUUUACAGCAGCAUGCAGAUGAAGUGGAUCAGUACGAGAGAAGAAUAAGAUCACUGACAGAAGAGGUGGAGUUACAUGAUAGAGAAAAGAGGCUUUUGAUUGCUCAAGAGAGUGAACUUCAAGAAAGCAUUCAGAGUUUGCAGAAGGAACUAGCUGAUCUGCAAGACGAUGAAGCCAGUCAACAAGUGGAAUCCACUCAACUUGCCGCAGCUGAGAUUGAAAGAUUAGCGGAGGAUAAACAAAGAUUGGCUGAACACUUACAGCAAGAGGGCAAGGAAAAUUCAAGACUUUUAAGGGAGCAAGAACGAUAUCUGCUGAGAAUACAAGAGUUAGAGACAGUAGUGGCUCGCCUGGGAGAGGAGUCUAUUGAUAGAGCCACCCUCCUGGAAAGUGUUCAGAGUGAUAAGGAGACCAUAAGCAGAGCUUUAAAACAGAACAAAGAACUGAAAACGAAAACUGAAGAGUUAGAGGAGAGAUUUAUAACGAUGAGUCAAGAAAAUAUGGAGCUAACUACUACUUUGGAAACAGAACGGCACAUGGCUAAAGAACUAGCGGCUAAACUCAGUGAAAUGGGAGUUGAACUGGAGGAAUCCAAACAGUUGCUUUCUACAAGGAAUGCCGAAGUCCAGUCACUGACAGAAGAGCUGCAAGCUGUUUCUAGCAAUCUUAGAGAAGAGGUAAUCAAAGGAGAAAGUGUGAUUUCUUCACUCCGAGACGAACUUGACGUGUCUUCUCAGCAACUCCUUGAUCAGCUUAAGCAGAAGGAGUUUGAACUCUCGACGGUCCGCGGCGAAGUAGAUGAGUCUUCUCAACGGCUGAAAGAACAGUUGGCUAAGAAGGAUUUGGAAUUGGCUUCUCUGAAGGAUCAGCUAAGCCAGUCAGAGGCGAGGCUGACUGAACAGUUUCUUUUGAAUGAAGAUAGUCACAUGAACAAGAAUCAAGCUGAACUUGCCAAUAGCUUACAACAAGAGCUGCAGUUAGCGCAGAUUGAAAGGCGCAGUAAAAAAAUAAUUCCUGUUGUUUUGUGGCAGCUUUCAGGAGAGCCAAACUCUUCAGCGAGCCAGAAGUUAGUUGAACAGUUACAAAACGAGAAAGCAGAGUUUGAAAAUAAAUUAGAACAGAUCAAUGCCACAGUGCAAAGACUAGCUGCUGAUAAAGGAGAACUUUUACAGCAGCAUGCAGAUGAAGUGGAUCAGUACGAGAGAAGAAUAAGAUCACUGACAGAAGAGGUGGAGUUACAUGAUAGAGAAAAGAGGCUUUUGAUUGCUCAAGAGAGUGAACUUCAAGAAAGCAUUCAGAGUUUGCAGAAGGAACUAGCUGAUCUGCAAGACGAUGAAGCCAGUCAACAAGUGGAAUCCACUCAACUUGCCGCAGCUGAGAUUGAAAGAUUAGCGGAGGAUAAACAAAGAUUGGCUGAACACUUACAGCAAGAGGGCAAGGAAAAUUCAAGACUUUUAAGGGAGCAAGAACGAUAUCUGCUGAGAAUACAAGAGUUAGAGACAGUAGUGGCUCGCCUGGGAGAGGAGUCUAUUGAUAGAGCCACCCUCCUGGAAAGUGUUCAGAGUGAUAAGGAGACCAUAAGCAGAGCUUUAAAACAGAACAAAGAACUGAAAACGAAAACUGAAGAGUUAGAGGAGAGAUUUAUAACGAUGAGUCAAGAAAAUAUGGAGCUAACUACUACUUUGGAAACAGAACGGCACAUGGCUAAAGAACUAGCGGCUAAACUCAGUGAAAUGGGAGUUGAACUGGAGGAAUCCAAACAGUUGCUUUCUACAAGGAAUGCCGAAGUCCAGUCACUGACAGAAGAGCUGCAAGCUGUUUCUAGCAAUCUUAGAGAAGAGGUAAUCAAAGGAGAAAGUGUGAUUUCUUCACUCCGAGACGAACUUGACGUGUCUUCUCAGCAACUCCUUGAUCAGCUUAAGCAGAAGGAGUUUGAACUCUCGACGGUCCGCGGCGAAGUAGAUGAGUCUUCUCAACGGCUGAAAGAACAGUUGGCUAAGAAGGAUUUGGAAUUGGCUUCUCUGAAGGAUCAGCUAAGCCAGUCAGAGGCGAGGCUGACUGAACAGUUUCUUUUGAAUGAAGAUAGUCACAUGAACAAGAAUCAAGCUGAACUUGCCAAUAGCUUACAACAAGAGCUGCAGUUAGCGCAGGACACGAUCAGCCAUUUAAGAGUGGAAAAUUCUCAGCUGAAGGAAAUGUUGUCAACCACUGAGAACCUCAGCAGCGUGGAACCCUCGGGAAGCGAGAGUUCAGACGAAGACGAAAAAGGCCUUGUUGAUGCCCACAUGCCCAACGGUAACAUGGACAAUGAAGACGGUGAGAUCCACAUCAAGAGGCUUCCUCCAGACGUUAUCCCGGUACAGGCAACAGAGCACAUAAUGGAGGAGAAACCGCCGUUCAUGAAUGGAAACCUAAGUGAGGGAGAGAGUCCUGUGGAGACGGACUCCAGUGAGGAUAUGAAUAUGGCGCCUCACAGGAUACCACCCCCUCCCCCUCUGUCCAAAUACACUAACCGGGAGGACAUGGUUGAUUCACUGUCUGCAUCCAUCCGUCAACUUGAGAUGGAGCGAGAUCAGUUAGCAGACAUUUUACACAGAACUCAAGAUCAACAAGACGACGACUUUCAGAGAUUGCAACAACAUCUGGAACUGCAGCUUAAACAGCAACUUCAACAGCAAUACAGACAGGUGCAGGAGCAAUUUCAACAACAGCUUCAUGAGCAGCAGCAGAAGAUUCAACUGCUGCAGGCUGUGGUGCAGAAACAAAAGGCGCAAAUCGAGAAAAAAGAAGAACCUGACCUGCCUAACAUUCCACUUGAUCAGCUUGGUCAGGGAGACCUGUCACACGACGCAAUCAAGAUGGCUUUCAGUAAACUGCAGGCGCGGUUUAUGAAGUUAAUGAAUGAAAAAGCCUCGCUAAUAGAGAGAAUACAAGAACUUGAACAUAUCACGGUACAACUGUCUCACGAAACAGAAACUAUCGGAGAGUACAUCACUCUUUAUCAAACCCAGAGGAAUGCUCUAAAGGCUUACUACAAAGAUCGUGAGAGAAUGAUUGCUCAGUUGUCUAGCGAGAAAGCCAACAUGCAGGAGAAAAUGAAUCAACUACAAGACUUAGUCAAACGAAUGCUGGACGAAAGAAAAGAACUAAGAAUCCAACAACAUCAAUUACAAAACGUAAUUAACAGUCGAAUGGUUGCUCACGAACACGAGUCUGUCAUUUCUGCAUACCACGAUGGCGACGAGGUCAUUGUACCGCAGGCGGAAGUGAGCGUAGAAAGCGAAACGAACAGUCAAAACUUAGACGACAGCGAUCGAUCUUACCUCGAAGAAACAGAAACCGAACUUAGUCAACUGGACAAUACUGGGGAUUUAGAUCGAAACGACGGCACCGCUCGUCAAAUUUUACAGAUUCUAGAACAGUUAGGACCUUCUGAGGAAGGUACUCAUAAAGGUUGGAUAUCGCCCGAUGUACGGAGCAGGGAGUUCUUACCUUGUCGAUCUUGCGGAGGCCGCGUCCUCAGACUGUAGUCGUAUAAAUCUGGUGUCAUGAGUAGAAAUAUUUUAGAUAACAAUAGAAUUACUGGGCACGAGCUGUCAGACACGUGACCGAUCAGUUCAUGGUCGUCAUGACUACAGCUGUUUCGACAAAGGUUGUCCCACACAAGCGUAAAAGCGUACGUGACAAUGCCGAUUGGCAUUAUGGGUAAUAAUAGUUUGGCGUUCCUUGAUUGAGCUUGACAGUGUUUCAGGAAGAAAAAGCAUAAAUAUACGUGUUUGUGCUAUUUCCUUCUGUUAUGAUGAAAUGCCUUUAGCUUCAAUCAAGCAACCGUUGGCCACCAUUACCCAUAAUACCUUUCGACAUUGUCGCGUACGCUUUUACGCUUUCUUAGGACAACCUUUCUUGAAACAGCUGUAUACCGUGGGAUACCUAACACUACAGACUUCACACUGGUCUGGCUGUUAGCGUGACCCGAUGUCAAAGUGAACUUUGACCGAGCAC